AGGUAACGUCAACAAAAAAAUACACUGAAGGUCUUCCGGGAUGGCGUACGAUAUGGAUGACCAGGCUGAGUGCCCGCUGUGUAUGGAACAGUUUGAGAUGGAUGAUCUUAGCUUCUUCCCUUGCACGUGCGGGUACCAGAUCUGCCGUUUCUGCUGGCACCGGAUCCGCACCGACGAGAACGGCCUGUGCCCCGCCUGCCGAAAACCUUACUCGGAGAACCCGGCCGACUUCAAGCCGCUCACCGCCGAGGAACUGCAGAAGAUCAAGGCCGAGAAGAAGCAGAAGGACCUGCAGAAGAAGCAGAAGAUGAGCGAGAACCGCAAGCACCUGGCCAACGUGCGGGUGGUGCAGAAGAACCUGGUGUUCGUGGUGGGGCUGUCGCCGCGGCUGGCCGACCCGGACGUGUUAAAACGUCACGAGUAUUUCGGCAAGUUCGGCAAGAUCCAUAAAGUAGUGAUAAACCAUAGCACGCAAUAUGCUGGCUCUCAGUGUCGCGGUCUGUCUCAGGGCCCCAGCGCUAGCGCCUACGUCACCUACUACCGGUCGGAGGACGCGUUACGGGCCAUCGAGGCCGUCAACAACGUGACGGUGGAGAACCGCACGCUGAAGGCGUCGCUAGGCACUACCAAGUACUGUUCGCACUUUAUGAAAAACCAGCCCUGUCCGAAGACGGACUGCAUGUACCUGCAUGAACCGGGCGAUGAGGCGGCCAGCUUCACGAAGGAGGCCAUGCAGCAGGGAAAACACCAAGAGUACGAGAAAAAGCUUCACGAUCAGCUUUAUCAACAACACCAAAAUCAAAUCAACCGGGCGAAAGACCGGCGGUCCCACCAGUCGCAGUCUGAGUCCGGCUCGGUGCCCAUCCCGCCCGGCUCGGAGCGCGUGAGCAGCGCUGAGAACAGCCCUCCCGACGGCGGCUCGGCCGGCUCGGCCGGCUCGAGCGGCGGCGGUGGCGGCGGCGGCGGUAGUCCGAGCGUGGUGGUGGCGAGCAAUCACUCGGACGACGAGAACAGCGCCGGCUCGCGGGAGCGCCAGACCGACAGCAGUCGGUCGACGCCGCUCUCGCAGUCGGCCCCGCCGCUGCAGCCGCCGCCGGGCCUGUCGCACCCGACGCCGGCUUUGACGCCAGCGUCGUCCUCCGGCUCGGGCGAGUGGCUGCUGCCGGCACGCGCCGCCGACGCCACGGUGGCGGCGCUGCUCAGCCAGCCCACGCCGCCGCCGGAGGAGGACGACUGCCCGCUGGACGGCGCCGACGACGAUCUCGACUUCGACCCGUUCGAGGAGACCAAGAAGGGGCUGGGUGCGCUGCUGGAGCGUGAGCGCGAGCAGCAGGCGCAGCUGCAGCAGCAGCAACAACAUCAGCAGCAGCAACGGCACCACCAUCACCAGCAGCAGCAGCAUCUGCUGCGGCUAGGCGGUGGCCUGCUGCCACACUCGCAGUCUCAGUCGCUGGCGGCCGCUAGCUUUAAUGUGCCGGGAGGCGCGGCGCCGCGCGUGCGCCCGCCACCGCCCGGCUUCAGCGGCCCCAGCGGACUAGGCCUGGGCCUGGGCUGUGCGCCACAGCAGCCGUCGCCAGAUCUAUGUGGCAGCAAGAUGCUGCCCUUCCUCAAUAAUAGCGCUAUGAACGGUAUGAACGGGUUGAACGGACUGAGCCGGCUGCCGCCGGGUCGGCCGCGGGCGCUCUCUCCGCCGGACAGCCUCUUCUCGGACCUCUCCAGCAUGAUGAUGCACGGCCAGAGCAAGCCGCCGCCGCCGCCGCCGCUGCAGGCGGCGUGUCAUGACGCUCUCAAAGGACUGAACAUCUCGUUCAGCAGCGCACAGCCGGCGACGGCGCCGCCGCCGGGCGCGGCUCGGUUCGGCGCCCAGCCGGGCCGGCACGCGGUCCCGCACGGCCUGGUGCAGCACGGCGCUGCACCCCGGUUCAUGGCCCAGCCGCACAAGACCAGCUCGGCAGGCUGGAGCGGCGGCUCCGACUGGACGGCCAUGGAUCCAGCGAUCGUGUCGUCGGGCCAGCUGGCGGCGCCGCGCUCCGACUCGCCGCCGCACUGGCUGCGCUCGCUGGAGCAACUGACCGAGACGGGCCCGAUGUACCCGCCGCCGGCGCCGCGGCCGGCCGCCGCGCCUGCCCUCUGGACGUCCACCCCGCCGCCCGGCUUCAACCCGGCGCUGGGGCGCGCCACUGCCGACAACCUCUAACCUGGAACAGCCAAACGGAAUCACACAAGCCGCCUGAAUCUGUCGUCUUCGAUCUGCCUCUGCGCGCCAGCCGGCUGCCAGUCGGCCGACGCAAGCGUCUGGAGCCGGUCUCGUUUCUGUGGCAGCGUGAAGUCAAAAUUCGUCCGGUGCAUUUAGGUUGGGGUCGGCCGUAUAUCUCUACGUUACUGUGCUAAUGUGGUGUCCGCCAGGAGAGAUCAUGCCGAAAUCUGUGAUGAUGCAACUCUGUUACGAGCCCCGCGGGGAAGCCGGUGCCGUCAUGCGAGAUAGAAACCAUGGAUAUAUGGCGCCAUCCCACUGGACGAUUGCGUUUAUGGCAUUUGUUGGAGCCGGGUGGAUUUGGUGCGCAAUGUGUUUGAAACGCCCCAGGCGCAGAGGUUAUUAUCGUUUGCUCACGUCGGGCCUUGGAAGCUGGAUCCCUCGGAUGCUCCGGCGUGUGGCGUGGCGCGCUCCGGGCCCCUUCCAGCGGCGGUGGCGGGUGGCACGGGUCGGGUCCGUUAGACCCUGGCUCGUGCUUGCCACGUUGGCCUGGGUACGAUGCUUACGCCAAGCGGUCGGGCAGACCCGGCUGUACGCGUGGCACCGCUGGUCCACCGCCGGUCGGUAUGUGGGCCACGCGUCGGCGGGGUCUGCCGACCCACCGCGCGCUGGUCCGGGCCU